GAGCUAAUCCUAUCAACUUCUUACUACUCACUCCCCACUUGAAGAACUUUGUGUCAUAACUAAAAAAACAAAUUAGCAAAGAUGAGAAGAGACAAUCCUUAUAUGAUUGUGAUAAUCAUACAAGCCAUAUAUGCAGCAAUGUUUCUUCUGUCAAAAGCUGCAUUCGACCACGGCAUGAACAACUUCAUCUUUGUCUUCUACAGACAGUCUGCAGCAACAAUUUUCCUAACACCUUUUGCUCUCUUCUUUGAAUGGAAAACUGCACCGCCUUUACCAUUCAAAACCUUUUGCCAGAUCUUCUUCCUUUCUUUCAUUGGGAUAACUUUGAGCUUAAACAUAUAUGGUAUUGCUUUGAUAAAUACUUCUGCAACUUUGGCUGCUGCUACUACUAACUGUCUUCCAGUUAUUACCUUCUUCUUGGCACUCCUAUUCAGAAUCGAAGUUUUGAGAGUAAAAACAGCUGCUGGGGCAGCUAAGUUGGCUGGUGUUGUGGCAUGUUUGGGUGGAGCAGCAACUCUUGCUUUUUAUAAAGGACCUCAUUUAGAACUUUUAAGUCAUUUUCACUUUUUGGGGAAUUACCAUAAAACCCAACUACAUCAGGGCCAUCUUCUAUCUGGCUCAUCAUGGAUCAAGGGUUGUUUCCUCAUGCUUCUUUCUAAUACCUUUUGGGGAAUGUGGCUUGUUCUACAAACGUUUAUCGUAAAAGGAUAUCCUUCAAAGCUGCUACUCACGACUCUUCAGUGUUUUUUAAGUUCAAUCCAGUCUUUGGUCGUAGCGUUGGCCAUAGAACGAGACAUUGAACAAUGGAAAUUGGGUUGGAAUGUCAGACUCGUCGCUGUGUUAUAUUGUGGAAUUAUGGUGACUGGUGUGACAUAUUACUUACAAACAUGGGUUAUAGAGAAGAGAGGACCAGUGUUUCUAGCCAUGUCAACACCGCUAGCUUUGAUCAUGACUAUGUUCUCCUCAGCAAUUCUCUUGGGAGAGAUAAUAAGUUUGGGAAGCCUUUUAGGUAGCUGUGCUUUGGUUUUAGGACUGUACUGUGUGUUGUGGGGAAAGAGCAGAGAGCAAAUGCCGAAAGCUUCCUUGGACAUGGAGCAAGCUUCGAGUUUGAAUGAACCAAAUAAGUGACUUAUACGGUGGAUAGACCGAUUAUUGAGUCAAUAUCAAUCAUAUCAAUACCUCAUCUGUAAAUGCUUACGACGGUCGUGUUGAAGUUUAUACAAUUUUUAUACACCUGUCGACUAAAACAUAAUCGAUAGUAGAUUUCAAUACAGAUAUAUCUAUCACCAAGGAACAUCUUGGCCCAAAAUAUAAAGUCAAUUGUAUCUUUUGCUAUAA